AUGAGCGUCGACCGCUACUGGGAGUUUUUUCGAGCUUCCCAGCCCACGGACGGCACGCAGACGUCGCCCACGAAGGCCACUGUGAGCUCUGCCAAUGUCGUCGGGCUUGGGCUGGGGCUUGCGGGCCAGGGUCUCGAAAGAGGGCUCGCCCCGGGAUUCAGGCCCUCGAAAGCUGACGCCCCUCUUGUGAGCCAGUUCACGUCCAAACUGCGCAACAAGAUUAUGCUUCGGCGCGAUUUCGAGACUCUUGAGUCGAUCCUGGCCAAUUUUGAGCACAACAAGAACUGGAUCUCAGAGUUCGUGCAAAAAGGAGGCCUGGAGCUGCUGGCGAUCUACGUGGGCGAGCUUAGACGGGACCGGGACGAGUGGCUGGAUCUUGAGUUUCUCAUCUUGACGUGUAUGAAGCAUCUUGUUUCCUGCUGCAGCGACGUCAUUGACAGGAUGAACUACAACGUGAUAUCCUUGAUAGCGUCGUCUUUGAUCUCCUCUAGCGUGGUAACGCGGAAUCUGACGACUGGCAUGCUCACGCUGGUGAUUGCACACCGUGCGUCGAGCGCAAAGCAGAUUCUGAGCGCAAUCGCGAAGACCAUCGGCGUUGGAUCGUGGAUAUCUGCCGCGUGCUCCAUGGUGAGCGAUCUAUGGGCCAAUGGCAGUCAAACCGCGUCUUUUCGGUCGAGCCCUGCGUACCUUGCAAACGAGUACGCUUUGCUGACCACGUUUCUGAUGUUGUCUGUGGUGACGGCGACCAAAAAUGUGCGGCGGCAUUUAGAACACCACGGUCUUCUGUCUUUUUUCGAGCUUGUUGGAAAACUGAACAAUAGCGCAAUCAACGACCUAGUGCGAAACUACUUGGGGCACGAGGACGAACCCAGCGACGCCUCGCAGCCGGAAACAGGGUAUUUCGAGAACCCUAAUCUAGAGCGUCAUGCCCGUGAGAUCCAGCGCUCGCUGUCGUUUCUGAGCCAGAGAAAACCGCCACACGAGGCUGAACGCUAUUUCCGCCUGAUCAGCCUUCUGGUGGGCCACAUAAGCCAGAUGAAGAGCAUUGGCGACGACCAUCUCUCGUUUUCGAUCCAGCUGGUUCUCGACCGUCUUAGCUCGGACGAGGUCGCAAUGCGUGCGACAACCGAGUCACGCCAGGCCUUGAAACUGUUGAGAGAGUAUAAAAGAGAAAUCAGUUCUCUGCAGCACGAAAUAGAGACUUUGCGCAAACUGCGCCGUCCAUUGGUGAGGAUCAAUGGGACAGAGAAUCGGGCAAAAGGCGGGAAGAGCAAAGUCGGCCAAAGAAUGGAAACUUUUACUGCAAAGGAGAACGGAGAGUACGAUGCAACUUCCACAAAUGUCUCCGUCAGCGUUUCCAGCUCAAGCAGCUCUAGUAGCAGCUACUUUGAGCCGUACGAUGAUUACGAAAUCAACUCGCUGGAACACUCGAAAGAUGUCGUUUCUGUUCGAGCUCCGCCAGAUAGCAUUGCUCCUCCAUUGCCGCCGUUCCUCCAAACUAAAGGUCCGGCUUCCAUCGAUGCACCGCCACCACCGCCACCACCGCCGCCACCAGCGUUUCUGAAGCCUGCCGCUCCGGCACCGCUGAAGUCAGCUCCUGCACCCGCUCCUCCGCCUCCGCCUUCUUUUCUCAAGCCAGCCGCGGCAGGACCGCCUGUGCCGCCACCGCUCCCUAAAAUAGCCACGUCCGAUCCCCAGAAGCUAGGAAAACGCAAGGACGACACACCGAAACCAGUUCUGCGAAGACCGACGUCCAAGCUGAAACAGGUGCAUUGGGACAAGCUGGACGACGUGUCCAACACGAUCUGGAAGACUGUGGACGAUACAGCUCUGGCGUCGAAGCUUGAAGAACUGGGCGUUUUGGACGAUCUCGAGAACCAAUUCUACGCCGUGGAGACCAAAGUGUUCAAGCCCAAAGCUGUGGUAGCGAAUAACAGUAAACGAAGCUUUCUGUCGCGAGACCUGCAACAGCAGCUCGGAAUUAACUUGUACCAGUUCAGCGGGCUACCGGAGAUGGAGUUUGUGGCCAAGGUGCUCCGAUGCGAUCGCAGCCUGGUCCAGGACUCGAGGUUGGUGGACUUUUUCUGCAACGAUGCGCUGACGGAGAUUUCGCCGAACUUGAUGCGCGAUUUUGCGCCGUAUUCGACAGACUACGUCCAGAAUCACAAGCCCAAGAAGAACCCCGCCGAGCUCGACCGUCUGGACAGAAUUUACCUGGAAUUGUGCUUCAAUUUGCGCCAUUACUGGACAGCAAGGUCCAAGUGCCUUUCAGUGUGCUACAACUACGAACGCGCUCUUGAGGAUUUGGGUCGCGAUCUGCAAGUGCUGGAGACUGCCGUGGAGGAGGUCCGUGGGUCCACCUCUUUAGUUCAGGUUCUGUACAUCAUCAGGGGUCUGGGCAAUUUCAUGAACGACGCGUCGAAGUCGGCCAAUGGCUUCAAGCUCAGCACACUUCAAAGGCUCAAAUAUCUGAAGGACUCAAAAAACACCACCACUCUGCUCAAUUACAUCGAGAAAGUGAUCAGAACGCGGUUCAGCGAGUACGCGAAUUUUGCAGACGAGAUCAGUGCCGUUCACAAGGCCCAUAACGUCUCGAUAGAUGCUGUCGCGAGCGAGUUUAGAGAGCUGAUGCGUAACGUCGAGUCUUGCAGCCAGGCGCUCACGGACGGGUGUUUGAGCGACGUUACGAAACUGCACCCGGACGACCGCAUAGUGAGUUUUGCCAAGUCGCGGAUCGCUGUGGCGCAGACCAAAGUGAGAGAAUUCGACGCCAAGCUGACGAGCGUUAUUGGUAGUUUUGACGAGCUGAUGGAAAAGUUCGGAGAACGUGCUAAAGACGACAGCGCGCGCAGCUCGUUCUUCUCCAAGUUCAAGCUAUUUGUGGAUGAUUACAAAAAAGCCCAGGCUGACAACGCCCGCCUGGAAGAGGAAGAAAGAGCGUACGAGAAACGGAAACGCAUGAUGGAGGAGUUCAAGAGAAGCAAAUGCGGGCAGGAGCAGCCGCAAAAAGAUCUAAUAGAAUCGUUGCUGGACCGGCUGCGCACACAGAAACCGACUACGAAGGCGCCAUCUGUCCCGUUAGAGGCGCCCGAGCACGUGGAAACGCAGGAUAUCAGUGCCAAGGCGUUGCAAAUACUGCAAAAUCUUCCUCGGCUCGACGACGUGCCCGCCCUACCGCCCUCGACGCCUCCACGACAGAGCCUGUCCACACAGGGCUCACCGGACAAGCUGAGCAUGAUCCCGUACCUCAUCACGGAGACCUUAAGCCCAAGUAAGGGGAAAGACAACUGA